UGUCAGUUUGUUUAGAUCUUUGGCAGGCGGUUCUUACGGUUUCUAAUUUACAUGCGUGAAAACCUUAAGACAUAUUAAAUCUUCUUAGUUUAACAAAAAUAAAACACAAUGGCAGGUGUUUUAUUUGAAGAUAUAUUUAAUGUAAAAGAUAUGGACCCCGAGGGGAAGAAAUUCGAUCGAGUCAGCCGGCUUCACUGCGAAUCUGAGUCGUUCAAGAUGGAUUUGAUUUUAGACAUAAAUUCGUGGAUAUAUCCAAUGGAACUUGGUGACAAGUUUAGAUUGGUGCUUGCUACAACUUUAAGAGAAAAUGGUUACCCAGACGGUGGGGAAUGGAACCCUCUUGAGACGGAAGGAAACCGAGCAGAUAGUUUCGAAUAUGUUAUGUAUGGGAAAGUUUAUAGGAUAGAUGGUGAUGAAGCAGGCAUGGAACCAGCAACAAGAUUAUCAGCAUAUGUCUCAUUUGGCGGUCUGCUAAUGAGGUUACAAGGAGAUGCAAAUAAUUUACAUGGUUUUGAAGUAGAUCAGCAUAUGUAUUUACUAAUGAAGAAAUUAGCUUUUUAAUAUUUAAUAUUAAGUAUAAUUUUAAGUUACACUUUUAUACACACUCUACAAAUUUUGUUAUCCAACGUUGUGUAAUAGCUUAAAGUAGACCUAAUUUUGUCUUUUGUCAAUUCAAAAAUGCAACUUAGAGUUCAAUGUGACUUCCAUGUACAUUUUUCAGAUUAUGAAGUGAGAAGAGUUUUGUUUAAAAAAUGCUUGAAGUAUAAAAUCUAGAUAGUGGAAUGGCACAUACAUACAUGAAUAUCAAUGUCUUGAAUCUGUAAAUUUGUUUGUUUUAAAUUGUGCUGUUACUAAUGUACAUGCUGAGUAUCAAAAGUUUAAAACAAUAUUUAAAUAUACAAAUUCCAUUUUAAAUAAAAAAAUAUUGACUUU